AGUCGCCGCGGUAGUGGUGGGGGGGGGGGUGAGGUUGCCCAAGAUGGCGGCCGUGCUGCAGCAGGUCCUGGAGCGGGCCGAGCUCGCCAAGCUGCCCAAGCCGGUGCAGGGCAAGCUGGAGCGCUUCCUGGCCGACCAGCAGACCGAGAUCGACGGGCUCCGAGCCAGGCAUGAGCGCUUCAAGGUGGACAGCGAACAACAGUACUUCGAAGUAGAAAAGCGUCUGGCUCAAAGUCAGGAGAGACUUGUAAAUGAGACACAAGAAUGUCAAACUCUCCGCGAGGAGCUUAAAAAACUUCAUGAACAGUUGAAGUCACUGAAUGAGAAAAAUAAAGAACUUGAAGCUGCCCAGGACCGUAAUACGGCCAUCCAGAGCCAGUUAAGUAGAGAAAAAGAAGAACUAGAAGCUGAAAAGAGAGAUUUGGUUCGAACAAGCGAAAGGCGAUCUCAGGAAGUUGAACAUUUAAACGAGGAUGUUAAACGCUUAAAUGAAAAGCUUACGGAAGCAAACACAGAAAAGGUGAAACUUCAGUUACAGCUGGAUGAACUUCAAACAUCAGACGUUUCCAUGAAGUACCGUGAGAAGAGGUUGGAGCAAGAAAAAGAACUUCUACAGAAUCAAAACACGUGGCUGAAUGCUGAGUUGAAAGCCAAAACAGAUGAACUUCUACACACUGCCAGGGAGAAAGGCAAUGAAAUCUUAGAGCUUAAAUGUAACCUGGAGAACAAGAAGGAGGAGGUUUCCAGAAUGGAGGAACAGGUAAACAGCUUGAAACAGUCAAAUGAAAAUCUUCAGAAGCAUGUGGAAGACCUUUUGAAUAAACUGAAGGAGGCAAAGGAACAGCAAGCUAGUAUGGAGGAAAGAUUCCACAAUGAACUGAAUGCCCACAUAAAAUUAUCCAAUUUGUAUAAGAGUGCUGCUGAUGACUCGGAGGCAAAGAGCAACGAGCUGACGGGAGCAGUGGAGGAGCUGCACAAGCUGCUGAAGGAAGCGGGCGAAGCUAAUAAAGCAACCCAGGAGCAUUUGGCUGAGGUGGAAGAGGCAAAAGCUGGAAUGGAAAAAGAACUGAGAGAGAAGAUCAGUAAACUGGAGAAGGAGCUGGAGAAUGCCAAUGAUUUACUGUCUGCUACAAAGCGCAAAGGAGCCAUCCUGUCCGAGGAGGAGCUGGCAGCCAUGUCCCCCACCGCUGCGGCCGUAGCCAAAGUGGUCAAGCCUGGGAUGAAACUUACUGAGCUGUACAAUGCAUAUGUAGAAACUCAGGAUCAGUUGCUUUUGGAAAAGCUGGAGAAUAAGAGAAUCAAUAAAUAUUUGGACGAAAUAGUGCAGGAAGUAGAAGCCAAAGCACCAAUCUUGAAACGUCAGCGUGAAGAAUUUGAGCGUUCCCAAAAAGCUGUUGCUAGUCUGUCUGUGAAGCUUGAACAAGCUAUGAAGGAGAUCCAGCGAUUGCAGGAGGAUGCCGAUAAAGCCAAUAAACACGCCUCUCUACUUGAGAGAGAGAACCAGAGACUGGAAAUACAAGUGAAAGAUCUUUCACAGCAGAUUCGUGUGCUUUUAAUGGAACUAGAGGAAGCCAGGGGCAACCAUGUGAUUCGCGAUGAAGAAGUGAGCUCCGCUGACAUCAGUAGCUCUUCUGAGGUGAUAUCUCAACACCUGGUCUCUUACAGAAAUAUUGAAGAACUUCAGCAGCAGAAUCAGCGUCUCUUGGUGGCUCUUCGGGAGCUGGGAGAGGCUAGAGAAAAAGAGGAGCAAGAAACAACAUCAUCUAAAAUUUCGGAGCUUCAGAGUCAACUCGAGGAAGCUCACAACGAGCUGGAAAAGCUGCGUGAGUCGCGUCAUCAUCAGGUGCAGCUUGUUGAGUCUAUAGUUCGUCAGCGUGAUAUGUUCCGCAUAUUGUUGGCACAGACCACAGGAGCCAUCAUCCCUUUGCAAGCUUCAGGUACGUUACCAGAGGAGAUUUCUCUUAUGUCUACUCCAAAGCGCCCAAGUUUACCUCAAGCCAUGUCAACUCCUGCUCCGGUGUCAAUGGCUGAGUCAGUGGAGGCUGUGGAGGCUAAGGCUGCGCUUAAGCAGUUGCAGGAAGUGUUUGAGAACUAUAAAAAAGAAAAGGCGGAGAAUGACAAGUUGCUGAAUGAACAAAAUGAAAAGCUUCAGGAGCAGGUCACAGACUUGAGGUCACAAAAUGCAAAGAUAUCCACGCAGCUGGAGUUUGCCUCCAAACGUUAUGAAAUGCUGCAGGAUAACGUUGAAGGUUACCGGCGAGAAAUAACAUCUCUGCAUGAAAGAACCCAGAAACUCACAGCAACGACUCAGAAGCAAGAGCAGAUAAUUAACACUAUGACUCAAGACCUGAGGGGAGCUAAUGAAAAACUGGCAGUGGCAGAGGUGAGAGCAGAAAACUUAAAAAAAGAGAAAGAUAUCUUGAAGAUGUCAGAUGUGCGGUUGACUCAGCAACGUGAGUCUUUGUUAGUUGAACAAAGAGGACAGAACUUGCUGCUUACUAAUUUACGAACUAUUCAGGGAAUACUGGAGAGGUCCGAGACAGAAACGAAACAAAGACUCACUAAUCAGAUUGAAAAGCUAGAGCGUGAGAUAUCUCAGCUGAAGAAGAAACUAGAAAAUGAGGUGGAACAAAGACAUUCCCUUACCAAAAAUCAAGAGGUUCAUAUCCUGGAUCUUAAGAGGCAGCUUGAGACUGAAACAAACCGUCACGUUAACACAAAGGAACUUUUAAAGAAUGCCCAGAAAGAAACUACCAUGUUGAAACAGCAGCUUAACAACACGGAGGCUCAGCUCGCAUCUCAGUCGUCAGUGAGGGCUCCAGGGAAGGGUCAGCCUAAUGCAAAUGAAGAUGUGGAUGAUCUUGUAAGUCGACUAAGACAAGCUGAUGAACAAGUUAACGACCUGAGAGAAAGACUCAAGACUAGUUCUAGUAAUGUGGAACAGUACAGGGCCAUGGUUCUUAGUCUAGAGGAGUCCCUUAAUAAGGAAAAACAAGUGACGGAGGAAGUUCGUGCAACAGUUGAAGCUCGCCUGAAGGAGUCUUCAGAGUAUCAAGCCCAGCUAGAAAAGAAGUUGAUGGAGUCAGAGAAAGAAAAGCAAGAACUGCAAGAGGAGAAGCGUAAAGCUGUGGAGAAUAUGGAACAGCAGCUGUCAGAACUGAAGAAGAGUCUGUCCACCAUGCAAUCAGAAGUUCAGGAAGCUUUGCAGAGAGCCAGCACCGCUCUAAAUAAUGAACAGCAAGCCAGACGUGACUGCCAGGAACAGGCAAAGAUGGCUUCUGAAGCGCAAAAUAAAUAUGAACGGGAGUUAAUGCUUCAUGCUGCUGAUGUUGAAGCAUUACAGGCUAUUAAAGAGCAAGUUGCCAAGAACGCAGCGGUGAGGCAGCAGCUGGAGGAUGCCGCUCAGAAAGCGGAGUCUGAAUUAUUAGAGUGCAAAGCCUCGUGGGAGGAGAGAGAGAGAAUGAUCAAGGAUGAAGCUUCCAAACUCGCAUCCCGCUGUGAAGAUUUGGAAAAACAAAAUCGAUUAUUACAUGAACAGCUGGAAAGCCUGAGUGACAAGAUGGUGACUUCGAUGAAGGAAGCCGUGCCAGCUGCAGUGAAUGUUUCUCUCAAUGAGGAGGGCAAAUCCCAGGAGCAAAUCUUGGAAAUUCUUAGAUUUAUACGUCGAGAAAAGGAGAUUGCAGAAACUAGAUUUGAAGUGGCCCAGGUGGAGAGUUUGCGGUACCGGCAGAGAGUUGAGCACCUGGAAAGGGAACUCCAGGAACUGCAGGACAGUCUCAAUGCCGAGAGGGAGAAGGUGCAGGUGACAGCAAAAACCAUUGCGCAGCAUGAAGAAUUAAUGAAAAAAACUGAGACCAUGAACGUACUGAUAGAAACCAACAAGAUGCUAAGAGAAGAGAAGGAGAGACUGGAACAAGAGCUACAACAAAUUCAAGCAAAGGUACGCAAGCUUGAGGCAGACAUCCUACCUCUGCAAGAGUCUAAUGCUGAACUGAGUGAGAAAAGUGGGAUGUUGCAGGCGGAGAAAAAGCUGUUGGAAGAAGAUGUUAAACGCUGGAAAGCCCGGACUCAGCAUUUAUUGAGCCAACAGAAGGAUACUGAUCUUGAAGAGUACCGGAAGCUGCUUGCGGAGAGGGAAGCAAACACCAAGCGCAUACAACAAAUGAGUGAAGAAACGGGCAGGCUUAAAGCAGAAAUAGCCAGAACUAAUGCAUCCUUGACUACAAGCCAGAAUCUUGUUCAGAGCCUGAAGGAUGAAGUAACUAAAAUAAGAACAGAAAAGGAUACUUUACAGAAAGAACUGGAUGCUAAAGUGGCUGACAUACAAGAAAAAGUGAAAACUAUAACACAGGUCAAGAAAAUUGGGCGCAGGUACAAGACUCAAUAUGAGGAGCUGAAAGCACAGCACGAUAAGAUGGUUGCGGAAGCAUCAACUCAGCCUCUUGUAGAACAACAAGAACAACAAGUUUCUGCCCAGGAAGUACAAGAGCUGAAAGACGCUCUCGGUCAAGCUGAAGUGAAGACAAAGGCUUUGGAGGCUCAGGUUGAAAGUUUACAAAAGACUAUAUCAGAAAAGGAAACGGAAGUUAGAAAUCUUCAGGAGCAGAUCACACAACUACAAUCAGAACUUGCUCGUUUUCAUCAAGAUCUGCAAGAGAAGACUACGCAGGAGGAACAGCUCAGGCAACAGAUCACUGAGAAGGAAGAGAAAACGAGGAAGACCUUGCUUGCGGCUAAGCAGAAAAUCGCACAGUUAGCUGGUACAAAAGAACAGCUAACAAAAGAAAAUGAAGAGUGGAAGCAAAAGAGCAGCUCAUUAGAAGAGCAGAAGACUGAACUGGAGGUGCGGAUGAGCGCACUGAAAUCCCAGUACGAAGGUCGAAUCUGCCGUCUGGAAAGAGAGCUCAGAGAGCAGCAGGAGCGCCACCACGAGCAGCGGGAUGAGCCGCCAGAGUCUACAAACAAGGUCCCAGAACAGCAGAGGCAAAUCUCUCUCAAGUCUACGCCAGCUUCAGGUGAACGAGGAAUUGCUAGCACUUCAGAUCCACCAACGGCAAAUAUUAAACCAACUCCUGUUGUGUCAACUCCAAGUAAAGUGACUGCUGCUGCGAUAGCUGGGAAUAAAUCUACUCCGAGAGCCAGUAUCCGCCCGAUGGUGACACCUGCUACUGUCACUAAUCCUACCACUACUCCGACAGCCACAGUUAUGCCCACAACGCAGGUGGAGACUCAGGAAGCCAUGCAGUCAGAGGGACCCGUGGAGCAUGUUCCAGUCUUCGGCAGCACCAGUGGGUCUGUGCGUUCCACCAGCCCCAACGUCCAGACGUCUCUGUCUCAGCCCAUCCUGACUGUUCAGCAGCAGACUCAAGCCACGGCGUUUGUGCAGCCCACCCAGCAAAGCCACCCUCAGAUUGAGCCCGCUGCACAGGAGCCGUCCCCUGCCAUCGUGGAGGUCGUACAGAGCUCACAGAUAGAGAGGCCCUCCACUUCCACAGCCGUCUUUGGCACAGUUUCAGCUACUCCAAGUUCUUCGCUGUCUAAACGUCCGCGAGAGGAAGAGGAAGAUAACACUGUGGAAAACUCGGACCAAAUUUCAGAGGAAACGGUGGAUGUGCCUCUUCCGAAGAAACUGAGAAGCGUACAGAGAGUUGGACCUGAGGAGGAAGUGACAGCAGAAGAAAGCACUGAUGGUGAGGUAGAAGCUCAAACAUACAAUCAAGACUCACAGGACUCAAUUGGAGAAGGUGUUACCCAGGGAGAGUACACUCCCAUGGAGGACAGCGAAGAAACUUCUCAGUCUAUCCCGAUAGAUCUUGGACCUCUCCAGUCAGAUCAACCAAAUAAUUCGUCAUCCCAGGAUGGUCAGUCUAAGAGAGAUGAUGUCAUCGUAAUUGACAGUGAUGAUGAAGAUGAUGAUGAUGAAGAAAAUGAAGGAGAGCAGGAAGACUAUGAGGAUGAGGAAGAAGAUGACGAGGAUGAUGAUGAAGACACGGGGAUGGGAGAUGAAGGCGAUGACAGUAAUGAAGGAACUGGUAGCGCUGAUGGCAAUGAUGGAUAUGAAGCAGAUGAUGCUGAGGGUGCUGAUGGCACAGAUCCUGGAACAGAAACUGAGGAAAGCAUGGGAGGAGGCGAAAGCAACCAGAGGGCAGCGGAUUCCCAAAACAGCGCUCAGUUUGGGGAGCACACCCUUCUGUAUGUUUUAGGAGAAGGGAGUACAAGCGCUGCGGAGUCCACCUUUCCUCACGAAAGCCCACGAGAACAGCAGCCAUCGUCUGCCUCGGAGAGACAGGCCCCGCGGCCCCCCCAGUCACCGCGCAGACCCCCGCAUCCCCUGCCCCCACGACUCACCAUUCAUGCUCCUCCUCAAGAACUGGGUCCCCCAGUGCAGAGAAUCCAGAUGAGUCGGAGACAGUCAGUGGGGCGUGGACUUCAGCUGACUCCUGGUAUAGGUGGAAUGCCUCUUUUUUUCCAGCAGCAGCACUUCUUUGAUGAUGAGGACAGAACAGUUCCAAGCACGCCAACUCUUGUAGUUCCACAUCGUACAGAUGGGUUUGCAGAAGCCAUUCAUUCCCCCCAGGUAGCUGGAGUUCCUAGAUUCAGAUUUGGACCCCCUGAAGAUAUGCCCCAAACCAGCUCGAGUCACUCAGAUCUUGGUCAGCUGGCAUCACAAGGAGGUUUAGGAAUGUAUGAAACCCCACUAUUCCUUGCUCAUGAGGAAGAAUCGGGUGGUCGCAGCGUUCCCACAACACCGUUACAAGUAGCAGCACCAGUGACAGUUUUUACCGAGAGUGCGUCAGCCGAUGCUUCAGAGCACGCUUCUCAGUCUGUGCCCAUGGUGACCACAUCUACCGGCAACCUGUCCACCACCACGGAGCCUGGAGCGGGUGACGACGGGGACGAAGUUUUUGCAGAGGCAGAGUCUGAAGGAAUUACUUCAGAAGCAGGCCUAGAAAUUGAUAGCCAGCAAGAAGAAGAAUCUGUUCAGGCAUCUGAUGAGUCAGAUCUUCCUUCAACUAGUCAAGAUCCUCCUUCUAGUUCAUCUGCAGACACAAGCAGCAAUCAGCCGAAGCCGUUUCGCCGUGUCCGACUUCAGCCACCGACAUUGAGAACUGGUGUUCGGGGUCGCCAGUUCAACAGACAGAGGGGUGUAACUCAUGCAAUGGGAGGCAGAGGAGGCCUGAACAGAGGCAACAUUAAUUAAUGAUCUGUAAAGUAAUUACAGCUGUGUAUACAAAAGUGCCAGUUUGCCUGUGGUUGCUUUAGUGUCAUGAAGCCAGAGCUUAAAGCAGCGUUUUAUACUUAGAUUUGUGUGCACACAUUUCGAUGUCUUUAUUAAUAAAAUUAGACAAAAUGUCAACAUUCAAAUGGCAUCUUUUUUCAAAGUCCUCUGCUGCGCAUCACUUGCUAGGACAGUUGUACCAGUCUUUGGUUACAGUCUUUCCUGUGAGAGCGGUAACGGGUCUUGCUAUUCUUCUGCCAACAUCCAAACUGUAGUACCGAUCUGAAAUGAAGACAGGCCAGAAUUAAAUUCCAGAAGCUACAUCUAGUACAUGGAAAGAAUCUUGAAGGUAAAGCCUUCCUUUUGGUUUCAUUUAGACAUAAAUAACAUUUUAAAUUCCAUGUACAUGUAUGGAAUUGAGAGGAUAGAACAAUGAAGUUUUGUCCUCGACUUUAAGUGUCCUUUUCUGUGUUUAGCUAGGCUUUACAGUACUGCUAAUAAUUAAAUCUGUUCCAAGAACAAUGAGUAGGGAAUAAUACUAUUCUACUGCUGGAACACAGAAAUAGUCUUAAGAGUUUGGAGAACAAACAAACGAUCCUGAACUGACUACAAAAGUGGGAACUCUGCUCCCCGAGUGUGAAUUGGCCUGUGCUAAGGUCAGAACUAGGCCAUAAUGGCAGAGACUUAGUUUAGUAUCCUGUAUUUGGAUACAUCUAGUUUCUAGAGCUCUUUGUUUUUUCUGAAUAAUCCAGAAAAUUCUGAGGGAUGCUUUUUUGGCUAGAGGGAAAGGACCUACCUAAUCUGGGGUCAUAAAGUAUUUUUUCCUGUGAAGUAAAGUGGCUCACGUCCCUCCCUUUUUUGUUCCGUCAGAAACGUAGUUCCAUGGUGAAAAAACUAUCGAUGUAUUAGUGGUCCAAGGAUUUCAGUCUAUCAUUAAUAUAAUUCUGCAUUUAAGUGUCAGGUUUUUUGUCACUUUUUAAGCCUGAACUCUUAUGGCAACGCAUUCCGCGACUGGCUAGUUUGAAUCAUUGUACAUUGUUGCUGCUAGUUGUCCUGUAACUUAUUUUUUUUUAAUAGAAACAUCUCUCCAUUGCAGGCAACAUUUUGAUUCUCAGGACUUUUUAGUAGUGCUUAAAAUUAGUCUUGCAGAACCACAGGUGAGAACCUCACGCUUUGGAAAGCUGAGAGAUCGUGGGCAUCUUUCUUCCCCACCCCUGGGCUUUUGAGGUCUCUAGAACCUUGCGUUAGCUGUCACUUACUGUAGGAGAAGGCAUAAUAAUCGUAGCCGUCUGGCUUAUUGUAGUUGGGUAGUGCUAUUGUCGAAUGAAUUACUUUGGGGAGCCCUCUCCAGUAGGCAGUCACUUUGAUUUCCUUACGCAAAACUCCUGCAAGCAAAAGAACACUGAAGUUAGGAGGUGUCGCAGUGUGUCUGCCGUGAGCUGUUAUUUGCUUGUAUUAUCUAUAUCAAGCGAGAUCAACUGGAUUAAAAAAUUUAAAAGUACUAUGUUUAAAAAAAUAUGGAACAAUGUUGUGUUUCAGAAGCUACUAAGAUUAAAUGGUUGUGUAAAAGAAACUUAAUAAAUGGAAGUUACCAGCUGGA